AUGAAUGAUAAGUUCCUUUAAUUAAGAAAUAAUUAUUGCUAUCAAUACAACAAGCGAUUUAUUAAAAAUUAUGAAUAACCUCAAUGUUCUUAAAGAGUGAAAACCGAUACUCCUCCAAUACUUAAACAAAAUAAGUAUACAUAUCAUUCGCCAAGGAAAUUUAUUAAAACUACUUAAGCUUCAUUUUUUGAUCAUUUUAAAAAGUUUCCAACACCUAAGCCAACUGCUUAUUAAACUUACUUACAAACACUACUAGAAAAUAAAAUUGAAAUUUAAGCCAAAUAAAAAUAGUAACCAUCUUUCACUAUGCAUAAUGUUAAUGGUCAGAAAAUUAACACCUAUCGGCAAAUAAAGGAUUCGACAAAUAAUCAAUCUAAACGUCAUCAUCAAAUUAAAUCUGAGAUUAAAAUGCCCUCAAAAGUUAAUCAACAAAAUAAAUCCUAAUUUAAUUCGCCACGAAAACUUUAAGAAUCGUUCAAAUAAAUUUCAAUAAAAAAAUUCGACAGGAUCAACAUAGCGAGAGCAUCAAAUGAAGUUUAAAUUAUAAGAAGUGAUAGAAUUCAGACUUUUGAUAAUAAUUUUGAUGACAUUGAACCUUGGAACACUUCUGAAAUAAAAUGA